AUGGAUAGGAAGAGCAAGGGUCGUCAAAAGAUUGAGAUGAUAAAGAUGAGUAACGAAAUCAACUUCCAAAUAACUUUCUCAAAACGAAGAGCUAGUCUUUCUAAGAAAGCUAGUGAAUGGUCCACUCUUCGUGGCCUCGACAUUGCAAUUAUUAUUUUUUCCCCCAGUAAAAAGGCUUUUUCUUUUGGUCAUCCUUGUGUUGAAAAAGUGAUUGAAGAUUUCAUUUGUGGUAAUCCUCCACGAGAUACUUCAAGAGCCAUGACACUCAUUGAGGUUCACCGCAACUCAAGGAUACAUGAGCUCAAUAUGAUCCUCACACAAGUUUGA